GGCAAAUGGCCGAGAAAAAAACAAAGGAAAAAGAAAACGCAGCGCUCGGGCUCCGUGGUGGUGUUGACGCGCCGCCCGGAGUGUUUUACGUGAAAAAGAUGGCCGCCGACGUUACCUUCUUCGUCGGCGAAGAAUUCACCUCGUUCACUGAGCUGCACCGUCGCAUACAGUCGUUCCAGCUGCGAAAUUCGGUGCAGCUCUACAUACGGAGCUCGCGCAAGAUACAGGCUGCGCAGGUGCGCUCCACGGACGGUUACAACCCGGAGUUGAAGUUUGCCGAAAUCUACUACGCCUGCGUCCGAGGCGGCCGCAAGUUUCAGACGCGUGCGAGCGCCAGUAGCACCACCACAGCUCGACACUACGGCAGGGCCGAACAGUCCAGCUCUCGUCAGAUCAACUGCCCGUUUCACAUAAAGAUCCGCUGUACGAGAGAUGGCCAGAAGCUUUACAUUAAGGACUUCAACUCUUCUCAUAAUCAUGGGACGACUGAGCAAGACGCCGUUCUGUCAAGGAGCCGCACCCGCCACUACUGGCCGAGCGGCGCGAGAGCGCCGAGCUCGCCACCCACAACGUCGUCGUCACAGGCAACGCCUCCCACCACGUCCAAGCCCAAAGCCAGCAUCAUCACCACCAUCGCCUCCAAGGACGGUCACCGGCAGGUGACAGUCCCGCUGUCCUCGGACGGCACGCUCCCCAAGGACCCCGUUCUUUUCCAGCUGCUCAGUUCGCCGCAGCCAUCGUCCCUCACCUUCCAGAAUCUCUUCUUCGUGCCAAAGAACAGCGCCGCCGGCAACAGCCUUCCCACUCCGCACCCAGCCAUCGUCUUCCAGCCCAGCACCAACCUCGGCCGGUCAAAUGACGGGGUCGUCAUGAAAGAGGAGCCGACGGACAGUGACGACUGCGAUGUCUACAUCGAGCCUGAGUGCAUCCUGCAGUACGACGAGGACAAGUGCUUCGAGCUGUGCACCGCCGACACCAAGGACGGAGUCUGCGGUCCGAGCCUGAGACUCGCUGCCGCCAGCCCCACGUCCAACUCCGACUGGAAGCCGGCUCACCGGUGCGCCUCACACGUCACAUCCAAUGGGGGCACCAACUCCGGCGUGGUCCUGCAGGCGCUCAAGGCGGUGUUGAAUGGGGAGCGUAACAAUGCCGCCGCAGAGAAGCCCAGCAACGACAGUGGAGAGCCGGUCGCAGAACGUUACGUGGUGGGCCGGUCAGACAUCGAGGCGCUGACGCGCUUCUGCAACCACUGCGGUGCGAAGUCCCUGGAAAUGAGGAGCGAGAACCAAAAGGAUGGGUCGCUCCUGGUUGCUUCCGUGUGCAAGGGCGGCCAUCGGGUGGAGUGGAGGUUUCAACGUCUAUAGCUGUGCCCUAGGUGGACGUUUGUACACGACGUCUCUUUUUCUACGGUACGCAUCCAGUUUUUUCACGGACCCAAGUGCGUUUUUGCGCAAUCUUUCUUGACACUGUUGUGUAUAAAAGAGGGAAGCGUGAUGCAAGGAAA